AUGCUUACUGACGAUAUUGUAGCUGUUUUUUUCGAGUUAUUGCCGAAGCAGACAAUAACGACUCGCGGCGUCAAGACAGUCUGGGUGAAAUGCGCCAGCAAGGACAAAACAAGAGCCACUGCGAUGCUACUUGCCGACUGGGAAGGAAAUAAGACCCCUCCUUUUUUGUUGUUUAAAAGCACACCUGCCAAGACAGAUCCGAAAAAGGAAGCCAACAAAAAUCUGCGAAAUGGAUUCGGUGUCACCGUGUGGAAAGAAGUU